AUGGACAAACUAAUUUCACUUCCGGAUGAAAUAUUAGUAAAAUGCUGCGAUCUACUAUCAUUUAAAGAUUUACUUAAUUUAUCACUCAUUUCAAAAGACUGGUUUCAUUUCAUUGCUAAUGGCGGCUUUGAAGUAACACUUGAGGAUGAGGUUACGGCUCUAAUGCAGCAAGUGGCUGAUUUAAAGCUUCAAAAUGAAACAUUGGGAGUUCAAUUAGCCCAAUGUGCGCAGCUUCUGCCUCAAAUGUCUGAUAAUGAUCCACGGACUAAUGCGCAACCUGAGGAAAUAAGAGAAAAAUUAAAGUUAGUAUUGACUGAAUUUGAAGAGGCAAAGAAUUCGGAAGUGGAAGUCCGAAGAGGAAAAUCACUGUUAUAUGCUUUGGCGAAAGACGGCUAUAAUGAAUAUUGCGGACAGAAAGCUAGAUUUCUCGAUGGCCUUGACGCAAUCAUGGACAAACUAAUUUCACUUCCGGAUGAAAUAUUAGUAAAAUGCUGCGAUCUACUAUCAUUUAAAGAUUUACUUAAUUUAUCACUCAUUUCAAAAGACUGGUUUCAUUUCAUUGCUAAUGGCGGCUUUGAAGUAACACUUGAGGAUGAGGUUACGGCUCUAAUGCAGCAAGUGGCUGAUUUAAAGCUUCAAAAUGAAACAUUGGGAGUUCAAUUAGCCCAAUGUGCGCAGCUUCUGCCUCAAAUGUCUGAUAAUGAUCCACGGACUAAUGCGCAACCUGAGGAAAUAAGAGAAAAAUUAAAGUUAGUAUUGACUGAAUUUGAAGAGGCAAAGAAUUCGGAAGUGGAAGUCCGAAGAGGAAAAUCACUGUUAUAUGCUUUGGCGAAAGACGGCUAUAAUGAAUAUUGCGGACAGAAAGCUAGAUUUCUCGAUGGCCUUGACGCAAUCAUGGACAAACUAAUUUCACUUCCGGAUGAAAUAUUAGUAAAAUGCUGCGAUCUACUAUCAUUUAAAGAUUUACUUAAUUUAUCACUCAUUUCAAAAGACUGGUUUCAUUUCAUUGCUAAUGGCGGCUUUGAAGUAACACUUGAGGAUGAGGUUACGGCUCUAAUGCAGCAAGUGGCUGAUUUAAAGCUUCAAAAUGAAACAUUGGGAGUUCAAUUAGCCCAAUGUGCGCAGCUUCUGCCUCAAAUGUCUGAUAAUGAUCCACGGACUAAUGCGCAACCUGAGGAAAUAAGAGAAAAAUUAAAGUUAGUAUUGACUGAAUUUGAAGAGGCAAAGAAUUCGGAAGUGGAAGUCCGAAGAGGAAAAUCACUGUUAUAUGCUUUGGCGAAAGACGGCUAUAAUGAAUAUUGCGGACAGAAAGCUAGAUUUCUCGAUGGCCUUGACGCAAUCAUGGACAAACUAAUUUCACUUCCGGAUGAAAUAUUAGUAAAAUGCUGCGAUCUACUAUCAUUUAAAGAUUUACUUAAUUUAUCACUCAUUUCAAAAGACUGGUUUCAUUUCAUUGCUAAUGGCGGCUUUGAAGUAACACUUGAGGAUGAGGUUACGGCUCUAAUGCAGCAAGUGGCUGAUUUAAAGCUUCAAAAUGAAACAUUGGGAGUUCAAUUAGCCCAAUGUGCGCAGCUUCUGCCUCAAAUGUCUGAUAAUGAUCCACGGACUAAUGCGCAACCUGAGGAAAUAAGAGAAAAAUUAAAGUUAGUAUUGACUGAAUUUGAAGAGGCAAAGAAUUCGGAAGUGGAAGUCCGAAGAGGAAAAUCACUGUUAUAUGCUUUGGCGAAAGACGGCUAUAAUGAAUAUUGCGGACAGAAAGCUAGAUUUCUCGAUGGCCUUGACGCAAUCAUGGACAAACUAAUUUCACUUCCGGAUGAAAUAUUAGUAAAAUGCUGCGAUCUACUAUCAUUUAAAGAUUUACUUAAUUUAUCACUCAUUUCAAAAGACUGGUUUCAUUUCAUUGCUAAUGGCGGCUUUGAAGUAACACUUGAGGAUGAGGUUACGGCUCUAAUGCAGCAAGUGGCUGAUUUAAAGCUUCAAAAUGAAACAUUGGGAGUUCAAUUAGCCCAAUGUGCGCAGCUUCUGCCUCAAAUGUCUGAUAAUGAUCCACGGACUAAUGCGCAACCUGAGGAAAUAAGAGAAAAAUUAAAGUUAGUAUUGACUGAAUUUGAAGAGGCAAAGAAUUCGGAAGUGGAAGUCCGAAGAGGAAAAUCACUGUUAUAUGCUUUGGCGAAAGACGGCUAUAAUGAAUAUUGCGGACAGAAAGCUAGAUUUCUCGAUGGCCUUGACGCAAUCAUGGACAAACUAAUUUCACUUCCGGAUGAAAUAUUAGUAAAAUGCUGCGAUCUACUAUCAUUUAAAGAUUUACUUAAUUUAUCACUCAUUUCAAAAGACUGGUUUCAUUUCAUUGCUAAUGGCGGCUUUGAAGUAACACUUGAGGAUGAGGUUACGGCUCUAAUGCAGCAAGUGGCUGAUUUAAAGCUUCAAAAUGAAACAUUGGGAGUUCAAUUAGCCCAAUGUGCGCAGCUUCUGCCUCAAAUGUCUGAUAAUGAUCCACGGACUAAUGCGCAACCUGAGGAAAUAAGAGAAAAAUUAAAGUUAGUAUUGACUGAAUUUGAAGAGGCAAAGAAUUCGGAAGUGGAAGUCCGAAGAGGAAAAUCACUGUUAUAUGCUUUGGCGAAAGACGGCUAUAAUGAAUAUUGCGGACAGAAAGCUAGAUUUCUCGAUGGCCUUGACGCAGUUGGGAGUGCUGAAUUUAUAGAAAUUUAA